GAUCAGAGACCUCACUCCACCUCACUCCUCGGUCGUUGUGUAUCCAGAAUCAUAAUCUGAACAGAGUCUCUCUCUCUCUCUCUCUCUCUCUCUCUCUCUCUCUCGAGAAUUCCUGAUUUUGCUUCAUUCAAUUCAACUAAUUCAUUGAAUCUGCUGCUCCAAAAUCCAAGGUGAUUAAUUAGGAUAAGGCAAAGGGAGAGUCUGCUACAUCAAGGGAUAAUUAGUCUCACCUCCACCUCUCGCAGCCCUAUGCAAUGGCGCACAAGGUGUCAACGAUAGUGCUGACGGUUGACCUUGCAUGCUCACGCUGCAACGAUAAGAUCAGGAAAGUCCUUUGUAAAUACCGCGAGAGAUAUCAAAUACAGGACGAGAUAUAUGAUGAGAAAAACAACACCGUCACCAUCAGUGGCCCCUUCUGUCCCAGCAAGCUCGUUAAAAAGCUCUGCUACAAAGCUGGAAAUGCCAUUAAAUGCAUCAAGAUCGUCGACAAAAAGCCUCCACCGCCGCCUCCUCCCUCAGAACCAAAACCAAAACCAAAACCAGAACCAGAACCAAAACCAAAACCCACUCCUGAACCGGUCUGCCCACCGGCCCAACCAAUAUGGGUUUGUUGUGGACCAUGUUAUGUGGGAUAUGGAUGGGGACCAUGUCAUGAAGGUUAUGGAAGGCCACAGCCGUGCUAUUGUGGCUGUGGAGGAUCACAGUCGACGUGUUACAAUGGUUGGGGAAGACCACCACAACCGUGCUAUUGUGGCUGUGGAGGAUCACAGUCGACGUGCUAUAAUGGCUGGGGAAGACCACCACAACCGUGCCAUUGUGGCUGUGGAGGAUCGCAAUUGCAGUGCUCUAGGAGAUAUGGAAGAUCGAGUUACGGGAGCCCCUGCGGUCUCUUCAUUGAAGAAAACCCAAAUUCAUGCAUCAUCAUGUAAUGUUUAAUGUUGCAGACCAACCCAACCUCUCUCCCUCCCUCCCUCCCUCCCUCCCUUUGUAUUGGUCCAUUUUCAAUAAACCGGAUCAGGUGAUUGGUCCACUAAUUGAAGGGUUUAAUUUGUGAUGUUUUGGGUGAUGUGGGUUCAUUUAGAGUUUCUAUUUUCAUUCUCUCUUCUAAGCUUUUACAAAUAAAGGUUGAACAAUGCAAAAUAAAAAGUAGUGAGAAUCUAUAUUGUAAUGUUGGAAUAAAAGUGGGAAAGUUCAUUGAAUUUUCA